CAUUGUGUCGCCGUAAAUCCUCCGCGCCGGCAGAUGGCGCUGCCGCACAAACCUGAACUGGAUCUUUCAAUGGAAGAAGUAGUGUUAAGUACACUUCCCACACUGCAGCCGCAACAACAGUUGCCCUACUUAGCAUAAAAUCUAUCUAACAAACACAAUUUGCGUCGAUUAAAAUGGAUAACAGUGACGAUGAGAUGGAGGACGAUGAAACCGAGUGGAAGAGCAGUUUCGUGGACUCAGUCCCACUCAACCCCGCUGCUGCUGCUUCUGGUUCAAGUCUCAAUAAGACAUCAGGUCCAUCACCUGCACAUAGAGUUAUUCUGCAUUUUGACCUGGACUGCUUCUAUGCCCAAGUGGAAAUGAUCAGAAACCCAGCAUUGAGAGAGGUCCCUUUAGGUAUUCAGCAGAAAAACAUCAUAGUCACCUGUAACUAUGUGGCAAGAGAUCAGGGUGUCAACAAGCUGAUGUAUGUGACUGAUGCUAUGGAGAAAUGUCCUCAGCUGGUGCUGGUUAAAGGAGAGGACCUGACACACUACAGGGAGAUGUCCUAUAAAUUGACAGAGCUGCUGAUGUCCUAUUCUCCACUGGUAGAGAGGCUUGGAUUUGAUGAAAACUUCAUGGACAUCACAAAGAUGGUAGAACAAAGGCUAGCACAGACACCAGAGUCUAGCAGCUUUUCAUUUAAAGGACAUGUCUACAAUCAUUUCAGUGCAGAAGUUGAAGCCAAUGAUCAUCCAAGGUUGGCACAAGGUUCACACAUUGCAUCAGAGCUAAGAGAAGCCAUUUACAGCAAACUGGGUCUGACCGGCUGUGCUGGCAUCGCCACAAACAAGCUACUGGCCAAACUUGUGUCAGGCACCUUCAAACCCAACCAGCAAACCACCCUGUUGCCGGAGAAUGUCAGCGACAUCAUGAGCUGCCUGAGCAGCCUCCGUAAAGUACCGGGGGUGGGUCACCAAACUGCAAAAAGACUUCAAACCCUGGGAUUGGUUAGCGUGAAAGACCUCCAGCUCUCCCCACUGAAUGACUUGGUGAGAGAGUUUGGAGGUGCCAGUGCUCAGCGGUUGAAGAAUCUGGCCCUUGGUAUUGAUGACUCACCUGUCACCCCAACUGGGGCCCCACAGUCUCUCAGUGAUGAAGACUCCUUCAAGAAAAUUUCAUCAACUAAAGAGGUUUUGGAAAAGAUUCAGGAACUCCUGAGCAGUCUGGUGGACAGGAUGCACAAAGAUGGCAGGCAGCCUCAAACCUUCCGCCUAACCAUCCGUAGAUACUCGGCGACCAACAAGUGGUUCAGUCGGGAGAGCCGGCAGUGUCCAAUCCCCAACCACAUAGGACAGAAGAUCACCUCUGACAGCAGUGAUGACGCUGUGGUCCAGUUGGUCACACUGGCUAUGAAGCUCUUCAACAAGAUGGUGGACAGCAGUGCCCCCUUCCACCUCACCCUCAUCAAUGUUUGCUUCAGUAACCUGCAGACCAGGGGAGCUGCUGUCAGCGGAAAGGGCUCCAUAACAUCUUUCUUCACAAACAGCACUUCUCCCAGAAAAACACAACUCUUCUCAUCACAAAUCCAGGAUGAUUCCUGUCAGAGAGGGGAUAGUCACUGCAUGGAUCAUCAGUUCAGCACACAGAGCGUGGUUACACAACACAUCUCACAAAAGACAGUUGCCACAAAAAGCCCUCGAAGCUUGGAGGCAGAAUUACGUGGGUUUGAAAGAAAACAUGUUGCGGUAGAAGGCCCUCCACUUCAGAGAGUAUCCUGCUGCACAGUGCGGUCAGACCAUGAAGACACAAAUAUCACGGUGACACAUCGAUUGCCCCCGAAUGUUGACCCCGAAGUGUUCAGGCUUCUCCCUGAGGAAAUCCAGAAGGAGCUGUUAUCUCCUGCUUACACAAACUGUCUCCCUGGCACUUCAGCAAGCUCAUCUGUCGUCAUCGAUGUCCCCUGCAUAACAAAAAACAAUUCCCCACUGUCAUUUACAAACUCACAAAAUAUUAAAGACACAAAAGAGGCUUCAGACGAAUUGGAUUCAUUUAACAGGCUGACCAGCGUGAAUCAUGAAAGCCCUGAGGGCACAAGUAUGCUUCCUGAAGAAGACGUCAUGGAAGAAGAGACACCGUCAUUCCCCCGGUCUUCUGACUGCGAGUUCCCGGGAAAUGUGGACCCUAAGGUGUUUUCUGAGCUUCCGCCGGACAUACAGAGGGAGCUGAUGUCUGAAUGGAAGCAACAGAAGGCGGUUCUGAAGAUGCCUUCGUCCAGGAAACCAGGGAGAAGCUUGAUGAGCAAAGACAGAAAAGCUGCAGGAAAAGGCAGUCAGACAAACAACUUGUUCAAGUAUUUCAAACCCAGUUAGAGCGGGACAAAUUACCUCUGCCAAAAAGAAUGUCUUGCAGGAAAAGCUCAUGUUUAGUUAUGUUAUUUCUCUCAUGGAAAAUCUCCUCUUUUAUUUUGUGGUUGUUCUCAUGUGAUAUAUACAGGGAGUGGACAAAAUAAAAGAAACACUUCACAGUAUUCUGUGGUAGCCCUUUAGCGAGGAACAAUUUGGCGAGGCGUUUUUUU